GAUCAAUCCAUUAUUGUCGAGCGGUGGCACAACAGGAAAGAGAACAGAACAGGAAGGAAUAUCCUAUCUACGAGAGACAGGCCAGCUAUCUCUGACCUCUCUGGAUGCAGGACAACGCAUCCGAGAUCCAUGGAUACAGGAGCCGGAAACAUCAGGAUCCCACGCACGAGGCACGGAUCUCCUGCCAGUCGCUCGGAUGCACAAUUCUACGGUUCUGGCCCGGGCAAAACCCCCAUCCUCUCGUACUGCCGCAUCGGGGAGGGGGAAAAGAUGCUGAUGGCGCUCGUAAAAGGCUGGAGAAUCAUUCCUGCUUGCUCCGGACAAAGUUAGGAAGUUGUUCUGUCGGCACUGCUGCAGUAUGUAUCACCUUCCAAUUAACUAUUAUUAUUGUUUUAAUAAUAAUGCCCCUCCGCCCUCCGUGCACUCUCUCCUCCUCUCUCCACUCCCCACAGAAAACGAGGAUCGUCGGGUUUUUAUCAGCCAACGACUAUCUGGGGAACGGACGACGUGCUCUUCCAUAUUUUAUUUCUCAAGUUCUGAUACUACUAGUACUACUAGCGCUAGUUUUCACUACUCCCACGCCGCGAGUCUAUCUCGGGUCCUGAGCGACAGACCGGACAUCGGGAUCGCAAUAUUCUCGGCCUUGCUGGUCUACAGAGGAGAUUGUUGUUUGCCCCUCGCUGGCCGUGCGCCGGAACGAUGGAUGCCAGUUCCUUGCUGAGCCGGUGAUUGAUCGCACCAGGAAUCGACAGUCUAGCAUCAUCGUCCUCGAGAAGAAGUACUCUUAAGGGGCACAGCCGAUUUUUCGUCUAUUUUUGCCUCCUCCCCCGAACUCUUUGCUACCAUAUACCAUACACAUACUGCCGUUGUUCCCCGUCACAUCCGGUUUCCAGGAAACAGGCCAGAACCCUUAGCGCCCUGUGGCU